CAGCACAGUCGCCAAUAAUUUGCGAAAUCGUUUGUUGUUUUGCGCGCCGGGUAUUUUUUGUUUACGUUUGGCAUUUUUGUUAAUUUAAUUAACUAAUAUUUUAAUUUAAACAAUAAGUACAAAGUAAAAGUGAACAAUGAACAAUACGGCGGAUGAAUUAAAUGUUACUCAGGCGCUCGAUCGAAAACAGCGCCUGAAGGAUUUAAUUGACACCAAUAGAGAGAUUCAAACCCGCAUUACCGAACAGGGUGUGGAAGAGACACUCCACCAAAUAUUGAAGGUCGUACAAAUUUCGGAUGUCAUUCAUGGGGAGGGCAACGUCGCCGACCGCGCUGAGCACACUAGCGAAGUUAUGCGCGACGCACAAUUGAUGAAAAUGAAUCACGAACUGAUGUCGAAGGUUUUCCAGCAGAGUUCACUAAUGGGAGCGUUCAGCGAGCAAAUCUACCAAAAUGCAAUCCGCCAAAAUGUGGCCACACAAGGUGAGGAUAACUGGAAGCCAAUCACGGAUAUCGCUUGCGCUAUAGCGCGUAUGGCACGCGCGAAGUCGACAAUGCUCGGCGCGUAUAGAGUUGAAGUGAGAGAGCGUAUUCUGAAAGAGCGACAACCACGAAAGAAAAACGAAAAGGCGGAGGAAAAACGUCCGGAGAACGUUGAUAAACUGCAGCGCAAGGACAAAGGUGCCAACAAAUUAAAUAUUGUGUGCAAUCAAUUGCGUCAAAUGUUGAACAGUAACGGCGGCCGGUCCAUACCUUACUACAAACUCAUUAUAGAUCCGAAGAAUUUUAUGAACACUGUAGAGAAUGCAUUUCAAAUCGCUUUUCUGGCGCGUGAUAAUCUAAUUGCGAUUGAAACGGGCGACGACAACUAUCCACAUGUACGGCUGGCACAUAGCGAUGAAGUGAAGGCCGUCAAAGAAACUACACAAGCCAUCUGCACGUUAAAUCUGGAGAAAUGUCGCGAAAUGAUACUUUUCUAUGACAUAAAAGAACCAAUGCUUACAAUCGAAAAUAAUGAGGACGAUUGAGUACACUACCCGUUAUUCCAAAUGUCACCAACAAUGUACAAUGCGAAGUUCAAUUAAAAAUAUUAAAAAAUUGUUAUGUGUGAGAAUAUCUUUUAAUAUACUAUUUUUAAAAUAAAUCGAGCGAAUUUAAUAUUUUUACAAACAUA